AAUAACUUGAGGUGGGUAUGCGACUGCGAAUCAUGAAACAGAACAGAAACACAGUUGGAGUCAGUCACAGUGAACGUUUGGAAGUGCUAGGAGUAAGUUGUAUGUUGAACAUAAUAACUUUCGGUUGAUUGUACACAUGGACUAAUAAACAUACACAGUGUUAUUCAGUAACUUUUAAAUAAUUAUUUUAAACAAAACUAAGUCUAGUGUGGUGAACUAAUUGUAAAAGUGUUCAUACUUUUUUUGUCUGAAAAUAAAUAAAUGACAGAGUGAGAGAAAAAUAUUUAUAAUUCAACAUCGCAAGAGAUUCAUUUAACUCUAUCGAGGUGGCGUGGGGUACUGCUGUAAUGGAGUUACAAAGCUGGCUUCUGUAUCAUCUAGUAGCCGCUACCGACUGCAAUCGAGUUUGCUGAAAGUUCAUUCAUUACGUAUUAACAAAAAUUUUGGCUGCAUUUAAAAAUCAGUAGCACUGUCAUCCCAUUUGCAACUGAAUUACAUACUCUUAAGGCCAUUGUUUACCAAUGUUUGAUGUCAUGCAGUCGGCAACUACUGGUGGAGGAGUAUACUCAGGAGGCGUUGCGUCAAACAGCCGAGCACGGGAUCUAGGUCUAAGAGCACAAAAGAAAAUUCUUGGACGAGUUGUGUCGUCAAAUGCGGGAAGAUCACUUUUUAUAGAUGAUUCUACCACUUCUUUACUUGACAAUCUUUUCAAGUUGAUGGAAAAGGCUACUAAAAACAACCCCAAUUUGGAUAAAAAGCAGCCUGAAAAAGUGUUGAAAAACAUUGUAAAAUUAUCAAUUAAAGUCGGUCUCCUCCAACGUAAUCAACAACUAAAUCCAUCAGACGACUCAAAAAUCCACGAAAUUGGAUCCAGUUUGAGAGCUGCAGCCAUGGCUGUAGUAUCUUUUUAUGAGCUAGAUUUUAGUUUCGACAGAGUCUACUUAACAAGAUCCCUGGAACGAUGUCGAGCCGCUAUACAAGACUUGAUAAGACCUUAUUUGACAGAUAAAUCCCAAGAAAGAUGUGACCAAAUUUUCGACUUUCUUACCAACUCGGAUUUUCUUGAUUCUAUAUUUAAACAAAAUUCCGAGUAUAAACCAAUACUCGGUGCACUCGUCGAAGAUAUUAACAAAGCCUUAGAUGCAGGUCAUCUUUGACUUUCUACCUUCUAAUGGUUUAGCAACAAUAUAUCAAACUAUUUUUCUCGCAGAAUAUGAUUAGAGUAAACGGGAACAUUUAUAUAUUCCUUCAAUAUUUAUUGUACUAUACCCCCACGGCCUUGAGCUUAGCACGAUUUCACUGCAUCCAUUGUCUACGACCUAGUCACAGACAUUUAAUAUUUCCCUAAAGAGAAUGAUAAUGUUCAUUCAUCAUUGUCAACAAAGAAUUUACUUAAUCUAGUUUUUUACUUUUUAUAAUUUCUUUAUAGAGACAAAACAAAGUUAUAAAUUAUUUAUUUUAAUACGUAUUAGAAGUAAUUACUACUAAAACACAGUGUGAACAUAAUUGUUGGUAAUAAUUAUUGUACUAAAAUGAAACUUCUGCUUUUGGAUUUUUUUUGUAGUGAAAUUUUUUUGUAAAACAUCUGUACUAAAUCUAGAAAUUAUGAACAGACUUAGUUGCUUUAUCCUCAUAAGUUGUUAUCUAACUCUAACUAUAAUUUAAGAUUACUGAGUUCAUUAUUACUGUGAAAACACAUGAAUAUGAUUAAAGAACUCUUGCAAAUUAGAAAACUUUAUAAUGAAAUCACUAAUGAUAAUAACUACGAUAAAAUCAAUCUUCAGUUAAACUUAGAAGUUUCAUUUCUAUAUAAUUAUCGAUUUUCUUCACACUAGUAACAAAAUUUGACCAAAAAAUGAAACAAACAUUUACUUAGAACCAAAUAAUCAUACUGCCGAUAUCUCAGAAUAUCUGAUGUGGAUCAAAUUUCGAAUCUAAAAUUCUAGCAUAAUGAUGUGAAUCAAAGAAAAACAUAAAAAUAAAUCAAAUCUAUAUAGUAUACCUAUACGUAUUUCAAACUAUAAA